CUCCAAAUGGCCGAGUUGCUCUUGGGACGGCUCCGCGACCUCAUGGGGACCCACACUCUCUCUUUUCUGGGGAACGCUGUUUGAGCAACCGCCGAACUUCGGGCGGCAACUCCGUCCAGCAACGGCUUAAACCAGAUACUUGGUAUAUGUCUGUUGGUAGGUUGUGGAAUACGGAUGACUGUUUUUAUCUCGCACUUUAUCCUAGUCCAAGAACGAGUGAUUUCUACAAUUUUCAGACGACCUGUCGAUUGCAAUAUUUUGCUUUCUAACACCAAGCAUAGAAAGGAAUUCCACCAUGACUUCAAACGCCCCCUAUCCCCCAGCUCUAGAUGCAGGUCUGGAGACAGAAAGACUGUCUCAGACUAUCAAGGAUUGGUCAAUCGCCAAUGGGCUUGCUGUCCGUCCUCCUCCUGCAUUGGUAGGCCAGAAUCAAGACCCUGAGGGAAUUCUGGCUAUCAAUGCCCCUGUCACGCUUUUCCCAAGUCCAUUCCCAAAAAGCUGCUUCGAGGAGGCAAAGGCAAUCCAGACGAACUACAAUGAGUUGUAUGCUCGAAUUAGUCAGGAUGAGGAGUUUUUGGGUCGUCUUGUUCAAGAGGUUGCCGGUGGUGAUGAUUUUAUUGCCAAGCUCUGGGAGAUUCAUCUCAAAGUAAAAGAGGAAGGCUAUGUUCAGAACCUCUCUCUUGGUCUUUUCCGGUCAGACUACAUGGUUCACCAAGACGGUGACCACCUCCAAAUUAAACAGGUUGAGUUCAACACGAUAGCCUCUUCCUUUGGAGGGCUCUCUGCUCAAACCUCGCUGCUCCAUCAACACCUAUCAAAAACAGAAUACCCCCUCCUAACCACCCCCAUCCCCCCCAACGCCCUCAACCUCCCCCCCAACACCUCCGCCCACUCCCUCGCCGCCGGCCUCCGCGCCGCCUACGAAGCCUACGGGCCCUCAAUCCUCAACCACCCAACCUGCAUCCUUUUCAUCGUCCAAGAGGGCGAACGCAACAUCUUCGACCAGCGCCACCUAGAAUACUCCCUCCAACAAUCCUCCAUCCCCGUCUUCCGCCUCCCCUUCUCCCAACUCCUAACCCACACCACCCUCUCCCCCCCCCCCCUCCGCCAACUCCUCUACCACCUCCCCCACAACCCCUCCCAAAUCUUCGAAGUAGCCGUCACCUACCUGCGAGCAGGCUACGGACCAAACGACUACCCCACCCCCACAUCCUGGCUCGCCCGCCGCAGAAUCGAAACCUCCAACACGAUCCCCUGUCCCACAAUCCUAACCCAGCUAGCCGGCAUGAAAAAGGUACAACAAGUCCUCGCCACCCCUCCCGGCCCUUCCACCCUCGCCAAAUUCAUCCCCGACGAAGAAAAAUCUUCCGCGUUGUGGAGGACCUUCACAAACAUCUACCCCCUGGACAGCUCCUCCCCCGCAGGGAGGGAAGCCCGGCGCCUGGCCACCGACCCGAAAGAGUGUCUAAAGUACGUCAUGAAGCCCCAGAGGGAAGGCGGCGGAAACAACUUUUACAAGGGCGCCAUCCCGGAGCAGCUGAAGAAGGUGCCCGAGGAGCACUGGAAUAGUUUUAUUCUGAUGGAGCUCAUCACGCCGCCCGCGGUGCAGAAUACCAUCCUGAGACAGGGGAAGCUGGAGCAGGGGGGUGUGAUUUGCGAGUUGGGGGUGUACGGGACUUGUUUGUGGGAUCAGAAGACCGGCCAAGUUAAACACAACGAAGAGGCGGGUUACCUACUAAGGACAAAGGGGGAUCAGAGCGAGGAGGGGGGUGUGGCGGCUGGGUUUGGGUGCAUGGAUUCUGUUGCUUUGGUGUAGACCUUCGAGUGUGAAUAGCAGCCUCCAAGGACAUAAAGAUGCAAUAUAGUUGUAUUCAACAUAGAGACAGGACUAAACAAUGUUCAUUCC